AUGCAACUGCUACAACAAUUGAAUACUUUGGACAAUCAAAUGAUGUAUUCUGAAGUCAUUUCACUCGAAACUUUUUUUCUUGUGAUUUGCAAGAAUGAUAAGACGCACAAGACAAAAGAAAACCAAAACCUCAAAAACAUUACAAAAAAUCCCUUUAUUGUCCAUCCGAAAAGGCAGCUCAAAAGAAAAAUCAACAUCACGAGUUUGCGUUGUGGUGACCAUAAUUUAAUGCAAAUGGUUAUCAAAAACCUGAAAUUGUUAAAGUCGGGGACCCUGUGA